AUGGCAGUGGCUUUGGUACUGCCGGACGCAGAGCCUACCAUGCCCAAACUGAAGGAGGACCUCGACUCGGACUUCCAGCUUCCGGCAUACCUCGAGGCCGUCUUUUAUGGCGAACGCUUUAGCUGCUAUGGAGGCCGUGUGAUUGCAAGCAGCAUUUUGCAUUGGCAGGCGGAGCAGGGAUGCAGCAGCAUGCAGGUGCCGCGGCAACGGCGCCCUCGAGCAGCGGCGAUGCUGACCCUCGUAGCUGGGGUCAUGACAGCACUUGGCAAGGCGGAUGGCAAUGGCAAGAGUGGCCUUGGUAUGCGAGUAGCGAUAGUUCAUCGUGGAGCAGCGGUGGUUGGUGGCAGAGUCAAUGGGAGAGACCUCAUGCUAGGAAUACUAGUUGGUGGUCCAACUGGCCAGGCUAUCAACCAGAACAACAUGGUGCACCAGCAGCGGGAGAUGACGGCAAUGGAGCUCGCGAAGCCGAGCAGCAUGAUCCGCCGGAUGGAGGCCACCGGUAGUGGAUCGACCAAGGGAGUGCCAAAGACAGGUAAAGAUCAUGUGCCUGAGUAUGACGGUAAGACUGCAAUGCGGGAGUAUGCCCGGAGGGUCAAACUGUUUGAGAGCUCCACAGGGAUUGAUCCAUCGUACAGGGCUCAGAAGCUCAUGGAGAAGUUGAGUGGCCAAGCGUGGAUGGCUACCGAAAGCCUCGACCUCGAGGACCUCAAGCACCCGAGCGGGGUGCAGAGAUUACUCGACCAUUUGUGGCAGGAGCUCGAACCUUUGGAACACUUGCGGACGUUCACCACCCUGGCCGAGUUCUACAAGGAUUUCAGGAGAAGCCCGGGGGAAGAGUUUGUAGAGUUCGACAUGAAGUUUCGCGCGCAUCUUAAGCGGCUUGAAGAAGUGGGCGCCAAGCUUGAGGGUCUCAACGUUGCGUAUUGGUUUCUUGAGAAAUCUGGAUUAUCAAGCGAGUUGAGGAAGCAGGUGGUAGCAGCUGCCAGCGGUGAGUACGACUAUCCUAAGUUGAGGAAGGCCUUGAUGGCAAUCGUCCCGAAAGUCAAGAAGGACGAGGAACAUGGAUCUUCAACUGCCAGGCCUUUCAAUCGACAAUGGAAGCCUCGAAGCAAUCAGCCGCGACAGGUGAAUGCUACCACCGAAGAGGCCGAGGACGCCCCAGAUCAAGAUGACGGAGAAGCUGAUGAGGUGGGACCGGAGGAACUUGAAGGUGAACUAGAGGUUCUACUUGCUCAAGCAGCUCGCAAACGUGCGGAAAUAGAACGUGCUCGCGGGUUUUCCAAGCCAGAGACGGGGGCAGCGAGAGAAGCCAGGAUCAAAGAGAUGAAAAGCCGUAUGCCCUGCAGCGCUUGCAAGGCUAAUGGUCGUACAGUCUACGGCCAUUGGCAUGGCGACGCUGAAUGCCCCUUCCGGAAGGGCGGUGGUGCUGACAAGGACCGGCACAGAGAGAAGAGUGUGUUGGUGGUGGUCGAAGAGGAGUUGAGCGAUUCUGAGGAUGACAUCCUUGAUCCUCCAGCUUCGUCAAUCUUCCACUCCACGACCAUCUACGAUGGCACGGAGCAAUGUGAUGUUCAUGCCAACCAGGCUCCACCGCAUCAUGUGUAUAGCAAUGGGGGAGAACCUGAUCGCAACCGUCUUGCAUUGAGUGACACUUGUUGUGCCAGGACUGUCGCCGGCAGGAAAUGGGCCCAGAGGCAUCUCCGAUACCUUCGGGGACGGGGAGAAGAUGUCUUCGUGAUCGACGAGGCUCGCCCUUUCAGGUUCGGUGGAGGUCCAAGAGUCAUGUCCGAGUAUGCGGUGAUCAUGCCUUUGGUAGUCCACGGGGCAUCGAAACUUGCGUGGGUACGUGUGAGUAUUGUCGACCAGGAUGUGCCUCUUCUUUUGAGCAAGACUGCUUUGAAGAUGCUGGGGAUGGUCAUGGACUUUGAAAAGAGUGUUAUUGUCCUUCGGGAGUUGCAGACUCAAGUGCCACUCAGGGAGACCAAAACGGGUCUAUGUGGCUUCGAGAUCAACCUUGAGCGGUCGGGACGCAGGUUGGAAGCGCCACCACAAGCUUUGAUCGAGAGUGACCAAGAAAUAGCUUUGGAAGACGAUGUUCCCGGCGAUCAGGUCAUGAUGAUCCAGAAGAUCCACCCACAAGCGAUGGAUGGCGAACAGGCGCGGACUACUAGGGAAGUCGUUGAUCGAUGUGAAGAUCGGGCGCGAAAGCUUUACCGAGAAUGUGAUUUUCGCUACCAAUCACUUCUUGAGCUCGUCAGGAUGCUCCCCAUCCACCGGCGAGCGCGACAUCGGGAAAUCAACGGGAAGCCAGGACCGCUGAAUGAAGCAUGGGUUGCUGGUCUGUUCGUGCAUGGCAACUACUCUGGGGUCACUAAGAGGACGUGUCGUUAUCCACAUGUGGUCCGGUAUAUCAAUAGCUUCAUGCGAGACAAGAUUGAUGGAGCAUGGUCUUCGUUCAGUCUCGCCAAGAACCUUAGCACCGAUGUACAUGUGGAUUGUCGCAAUCACAAGGAGGCUUCCUCGGUGACUGUGACCUUCGGCGAUUUCACGGGAGGACAGCUGUGGGUGGCUCAAUCAGAGAGUGAAGGUCAAGAUUGUAUGUGGAAGCAAGAUAGAUAUGGAAGGACAAUCCCCGGCACUCUGAUCUCCACUCGUGAGUCUCCGCACAUGUUCAAUCCUCAAGUUCCCCAUGCAACUCAUGAUUGGACUGAUGAGCGAUGGUGUCUCUCCAUGUACACCGUGAGAAAAGCUGAUCAGGUUGAUGAAGACACAAAGAAAGCAUUGAAGAAGCUUCGUUUUCCCUUGAGCUCAAGGGGAACUUCCAGGACUUUGGGUGAUGCAGUGCAUACAGUUCACGACAUGUCGUUCCACCGAGAGCCGCAUCAACAAAUAGACGACGUGUCACAUGGCAUGGAAUGCGCAAAUACUCCGCAGCGGCUUGAAGAGUGCGGCGAGAUCGAAGAGUUUGUGGCGGCGAUUGCGCCGCGUUGCAAAGUGACGAAGGAGGCCCUGCGAGAGCACAACCUCGAUCGGUUGAAGGAGCUGUGGGGGGCCAUUCGCCCUCCGAAGAAAAAUGCCACGGGACUUCCAGCCAACUGGAAGAAAUUGGAUCGCUCAGCCCUGAAGCACAUCUACGCGACUCAGGUGGUGCCGGACUUGGGGCGAGACAGCGAUCUUCACUGGGACCGUUGGUCCAAGCCGACCUUGAUCUUGGAGAUAGAGGUUUGGGCUGUGGAAGCAGCCGAGGAACUUCAAAGGGAUCGCGACUUGGAGAUGACGUGCACAGAGCCUCUCUGUGCCCAGUGUGGCAUACCGAUGAUGGUCAGGACCAACAGGCUGACUCGCGAGGACUUUUACGGGUGUCGUCGAUACCCGGCAUGCAAGCAGACUCUUCCUCUUCGUUACGACGGACGCCCGACGGGCGAGGUCCAGAAGGAGCUCGAGACCAACGAGAAGAUCAACAAGGCCAAGGAGCAUCACAGGAAGAUUGUGGCCAAGCAGGCAGCCAAGAGCAAGCGAGUGGGAGAAAUCGGCAGGGCAACAGCCUCCUCCGAUGGCUCGUGGGCGGUUGCAGGGUCCAUCCCGAUCGAGGAAGUGACAUCCUCGGACGAGGAAAAGGAGAAGAAGUACAACACGAACCGCACGAAGGAGGAGAUGGCGAUGAUCGUGGCCAUGAGGGACAAGAAUCGCGGCUACCCCAAGGAUCCAGCGCCUCCCAUCGCCAAGAAGGAGAACAAUCCCGAGGAUUGUGAGGUCGAAGAGAGGAUUCUUCACGGUAGGGCCCGUAGGAAGAUGCUGAAGAAAGGUGUCAUGAAGAGGUUGUUGGGAAAUGCUCGGGCAAUUGUUGCUGGAGUGUUUGUCACGACGGCAGCGCUAGUCGGGGCUGCGGCUAGUGCGGUACCAAAUUUUUCCAGAAUGAGGCCCGACGUGCUUGAGAUAUGCGGCCAUGAAGCUAGCUUCACUAGCUCUUUCUCCCGUUGGGGUUGGCGACAUGUGGAACCAGUUCAAUUGCCUAGUGACCUCUGUGACGAUAGAAGUCGAGACACUAUCGGUCGCUGGAUUGAGGAGUCGGCGCCUCGCCUGGUCAUCGUAUCUGAUUGCUGCCCUCGGAUCGCGUCGGUAGGUAGAAUCGGCGUGAAGGAAUCGCAGGCUCUGAGGCGACAGCGCAAGAGAGAGGACCGAGUGAAACCAGUAUGUGAGUUCCUGAAACAUGUUGUCGAUGUGCAGAUUAAACGGGGUGACCAAGCACUUGUUGAACUUGCUCUUCACGCCACGCCUGAGGUUGCUGUUCUCUGCGACACCAUGAUCAAACACCCUCAUGUGAAACAUGUCCCAGGAUAUUCACGAAACGGUAGCCGAGAUGCUCGCUCAGGAUGGUUGACUACUUGUGAGUUCAUAGAAAGAGAGCUUAUUGACAUCAGAGAUGAGAGAGUGAACAACAAGAGUGCUUGUGACGGCGACCGAGGAAAGGCUGCGGUAGCCAAGGCUGUGUGUCGAGGCUUCACGAGGUACAUUAAGGAACAUGAGCCAGACAGGCUUAGGAGGAUGCUCAGGAGCCUCGCUGCGCAAAUUCGGGGAAAGCUCAGGAAGGGUGAUCGCCAAAUGUCAGAUCUUCGAUGGAGCGAAAAGAGCAUCAUGAAAGCUUUGAAUCGAUGGAGUGCCAGUGCGGUGUAUGCUGUGGAUCAACCCGACGAUACCGACGAAGAAAUGAUUCCUGAUAUUCAGGAGCCUGAACAGAUAAGGACGCGUGAAGCUGAAGAGGCAGGCUCCGGAACGCCACCAGUGGAACAUGUUCGGAAGAGUUUGGGUAGCCAUGGCAUAACGUUUGAGGUUCCUGCCGGAAGAAGAGUGAGCGAGGCGGUGAGACAGGGGCUUAUCAAAGCCCAUUGCAAUCUGGGACAUCCUAGCAAAGAAGACUUCAGUCGAUUCCUGAAGCUUGGAGGUGCUAAACAGGAGGUCUUAGAGGCUGUUUCCUGGAUGAAGUGUAUGACGUGCGCACAUGCUAGACGUCCCGGCACGCAUCGCACCACGAACAUCCCACCAUGUCAGGUGACUUUCGGAGAUGAAGUUCAAUUGGAUUGCAUAUGUGUCCAUGAUAGUAACAAACAAGCGUAUUGGUUCUUGUCGGUUAUCGAUCGGGCUACUUCUUAUCAUAUCGUGGAAAUUCUCCGAGAUCACUCACCUGAAGAAUUGUACCGGGCAUUUGACCGGGGCUGGGCACGUUGGGCUGGACCGCCGAUUAGGGCUACGGUUGACAUGGAAGGUGGAUUUCAGGGCCGCGAGUUCUGGGAACAGGUGUCUCAGGCGGGCACAUGCUUGACUGCGAUUGCAGGCACAGCUCACUGGCAGGCAGGGAAGGUUGAACGACAUAAUCAGAUUGUCAAGGAUAUGAUAUUCAAUGUCGUUAGACAUACCAAUGCUGUCGGUAGAGACGAAAUGCGCCGAUUGACUAGGGAAGUGAGCUGGGCCAAGAAUUCCUUGACACGCGAGCAUGGAUGGGCCCCAGUUGCACUGGUGUUCGGAAGGGAGCCCAGAGUCUUCGGAGAACUCCAUCAGGACGGAAACCCAGCGGGAUACCAUCCUUCAGUAGGAGAGGCUGGCAGUGAUGUGGCAAUUCGCAUGCGAUACAGGUAUCAUGCUAAGAUGGAGUUCAUUCGGAGUCAGGCUCGCCAGAUGCUUCUUAGAACCGCCCAUAAUCGGACUCGGAAGAUUCCCAUCCUCAAGAUAGGACAGCUGGUGUUCUUUUGGAGAGAGGCGCGUGGGAAGAGAGGAGAUAAUCACAGUUCAUGGCACGGUCCUGGAUAUGUGGUGGGGAUUCAGGAUAAGAAUGCCUGGGUCACCAUUGGAGGCCGGAGUUUUCUCGUCGCGGGCGAACAUCUUCGCGAAGCUGUUGGGGAUGAGAAGCACUUUGGGAAUCCUGAGAUUCAGAAGGCUAUAGCUCUUUUUCGGAAGAUCCCUUCAGAGGCUACCUAUGAGGAUUUGGUAGGACAAAAGGGCCCCGAGGGUGAACCAGAUGAAGUUGAACAACAACCAUUAGCAGAGGACUUGACUGAAGGUCUUGAUAUGGAGGUGGAUGCUAUGGAGACGGAAGGUUUGAGCGCUGAGCAUGCCAACAUGGUUCCGCAGGUUGGAUGGCAUGUUGAUCAAAAUGGAAAUCCUGUAUUGAUAUCACACAAAGUGUGGGCUUUCAGGAGCCCCGAGCCAAGGUACCCCGGAGAGCGUUUUCCGUACAGAACGACAUGGGCAUGUCAUCAAGGACAGUGGAAGUGUCUUGAAAAGGAGGUCAAAUGGGCAGAGCUGGAGGAUCAUCAUCAGUUCAUUCCUGGAGGACCUGCGGCGGGACUGAUCACAAUCUUUCAAAACCGAACGCGGAAAGAGAUGUGUCUGGAUGAUGUUCCUCAAAAUGUCAAACGCCAGCGACGUCAGGUUGGAGAAGCCCCAGUUCAUGCAGUUACGUUCAAGAAAACUGAGAGUAAGACUAAGUUGAAGAGAAUGAUGGAGAAAGAAAUCCCGUACGAUUGCAUUCCGCCAGAACAAAGGGAGAUCUACAAGGCCGCCGAGGACAAGGAGUGGAAGUCUUGGCUUGACUACGAGAGUUGUGAGAUUCUGUCAUUGGAAGAAAGCCGUAAGAUUGAGAGAGAGCGGCCAGAAAGGAUUCUUCCGAGCCGGUAUGUCUUUCGGGACAAGAAUGCCGGGCUCCUUGGGCCGGACGGUCGGCCGAUGCCGGUUAAAGCUAAAGCUCGACUGUGUCUGCAGGGGCAUUUAUGUCCUGAUAGUAAGACUGGUCUUGUGCAAGUCGAUAGUCCGACCAUCGAGCGUGUUUCCACCAUGAUAUUUCCGCAUCUUGUGACGAGCCUUGGAUGGUCUCAGAACUGGUUUGUAGGUGACAUCUCUAAUGCCUUCUUGCAGGGAGCUCCUCUGAAGGAUAAGCCCGAGAUGUUCAUGAGACAACCAAAACAAGGACUCAAGGGAAUGAGCCCAGGGCAGAUUAUCAGAUUGUUGAAACCAGUUUACGGAAGACCAGACGCACCACGAGCGUGGUACGAAGAGUUGUCGCGCAUCCUUCAACAAGAACUUGGUUUCACGAAGUGUAUGGUUGACCCUGCCAUGUUUAUGCUUCGAGACGCUAAGGGAACUCUUCGAGGUAUCAUGAUUGUCCAUGUCGAUGAUGUUAUGUUUUGUCAUGACGGAUCGGCCUGGGGACAUGAAGUUGCCACCAAGGUUCAUGAUAGAUUUCCGUUUGGUACUUGGAUGAAGGUUGCUGAACAGGAGAGCGGCAUCACCUAUUGUGGGAAGGAGAUCAAGAUCAGGAACAGGGAUGGAGAAAUUAGCGUUGUCCUCAGCCAGAAUGCUUUCAUUGAUGGACGACUUCAGCCCAUGUCAUUGAGCAACGAGAGAGUGCGACAGCCCGAUGCACGCGCCACGGAUGUGGAGAAGACGGAUUAUAGAUCUGUGGUUGGUAGUCUUCAAUGGUUGGCGGUUCAAUCGAGACCCGAUGUUGCUUUUGAGUGUAACCAACUCCAGAAAAGAAUAUCCGAUCUUCGGGUGGCUGAUCUUAUCCGUGCAAACAAGGCUGUCAGAGAAGUCGUCAGGAACCGUUUGGAGAUUGAGUUCCGGCCUCUUGGAGAAGAUGCCGAGUUGGUGACUUAUCACGACGCGGGAUUAUACAGUAGUCUCGGAGUUGAGAUCGAUGAGAGAGAGUGUGAGGACAUCUUGCAAAGAGGAAAUGAGAAACGACUUGUGUACUCUCAGAAAGGUGCCUGCAUCGGCUUCGUUCGAAAGGGGGCUACUGAUCACGAACAGCAUGUCCAUAUGAACUUGAUUGAUUGGAAGUCCUCUACAAAUCGGAGAGUCGUCGAAUCAUCUUUUGCGGCAGAGACGCAUGCGGCCAUCAUGGGACAUAACAUGUCUAGGUUCGCGCAGGUUCUUCUCAGCGAGAUACGAUAUGGAUCCCAAGUCAUCUCUGCUAUCGAAGACGAUGGAUGGCAGCAGCUAGCCCCAGUCACGUUGGUCACCGACUGUAGAAGCAUUUAUGACACGAUUCAUAAAGAUGGCCAACACGUUGGGGAGAAAGGGAACAUUGUUCACGCUGUUCUUUUGAGACAGCUGCUGACGACCAGAGGUCGUGAAAAUCCCGGGAAAGCCAGGCUGCUCUGGGUUCCUACCAGAUGUCAGUUAGCGGAUGGCUUCACGAAGGAGCUGCUGCAUGAGCUGGAUGUCUCACAACCUCUUCUCCGCGCCGAGCCUUUGUCUUUCAAGGUGGAAACUUUUGAAGAAGGCGAGGCAGAUUUUCAUCAGGAGAGCCCGGCAGAUGCUGAUGCGAAAGAGCCCAAGGAGCAUGAUGACGCCGAGGCCGUGGCAGCCGUUGCAGCUGCCGCUGCGGUUCGAGCUGCUAAGUUGGCCGAGUUUGCGGACAAAACCGUUUUGGGAAAGAGGAAGAAGCAGCAACAUCGGAAGGCCAGGUUUCCAACGGGACCCGUCUUUGAGCCUCAGAUCUUAUGGAAGCCAGAUGCAAAUGGUGGAAGGCCAGUGCCAAAGCGCGAAGAUCUUAGAGCUGCCUUGACCUACCAGGAAAGCGGAACUGCUCCAAGGCCUUCUACAGUACCCACCCCACGAGGCGCGCGCCGGGGCCCGCGACGCCACGCAGGCCGGAAGCAGGCGGCACGAACUCUCAUGGAGUCCCCAACCUUCCCACUCCCAAAUUCCCGACCCCAGACUACGGGCACAUUGCCAGGGCUUGAGGUGCACGGAUUGGAGGUGGUCACCGGAGACUCGAAAGUCCAUGGCGAGCUGGUGAUCUCGCCCCGACCACCUUCGGCGGAGCGGAGGUCUUCUACGCCAGACCGGGCUUCUGCGAGACUUGUGGAAUGCCCAAUGCUUGUUACAGCCGUGCCUGGCCCUGCCCGAAGCCCGCAGCAAAAGCCGCAGCCUCGAUAUGUUGCUCAAAGACACUCCUUCGGACCCUCGAACACCCUGGAAUCCUUGGCCUCACCUUUGGAGUCGGUUGCGGACGACGACUUCGACCGGCAAAUUUCGCCCCAUCCUGGAUAUCAGUUUGGAGUCGCUCUGCGCCAUCCCCCGCUCCUUCUGCCCAUGCCAGGAAGCCCCAAAGGGGACUCUGGCCUUUCCCAUCGUUCGGUACCUCCCGUGCGAGAUUUCAAUCUGGAGCCGGAGGAGUCGAUUUUUGCAACUCAAAGAAGUGGCGCGGCAGAAGGCGGUUCCGCGAGGCAUGCUGCAACAUCCUUUGAGGUGCAGCUCCCCCGCCUGCAACAUCAGGGGACCACCGUCACUGAUACCAGCUCAUGCAAUGUCUCGCAGGAGCUGCAUUCGGAGGGCAGUCAAGGAACCUUCGGCCUGGAGUGGCCCAACGAGGACAGCCAGUUGCUGGGUCCGAUUCCAUCCUCUCCGAGCGCCUGCUCCCGGGACCCGGCAUUCGCCGGCGACGAUUGGGAGUUCAAGGACCGAGUGUCCACCGGCAGCACUGAGAAGGGCCCUUCGGAUCCGGACAAGGACGAGAAGCUGGAAGCGCAGCGAAGAGAACCGGCCGUCGCAGAGAGCCACCAUCAGGGCAGCCAGCACUUGCCAAUCUGGCAAGAAGCAAACGUCUCCUACCACUCGAUGCUCGAGGGUCUAGGUCCACGGCGAGUGAGUGGGCAGGUCGAACCCCAAACCUCCGAGCUACCGGGGCGUGAAGACACCUUGGAGUUCGAGCUCUCCAGGGAAGAGGAGGUGCAGCUUGCAUAUUUGGUCCCACCCUGGUCACUGCGCGAACAUUUGCACCUGGACUCGGAGAGGUAUCUGCCACGCGACGACACACCCAUGGAUCCGGAAGUUUGUGCCAUUCUCAAGGGCCUGGAGAGAGCACCGGCACUCCAGAACUCGAGGCCCUCCUCUCGCGCAUCGCCCACACGCCCUGGCUCUGCCAACCGAUUCUGCGCUAGCGACUUCGACUCCUUUGUGCCCGCGGUGCAUGCCCCCCGAGGUCUUUUCACUGCUGGAGGCCAUCGAAUGCGGCGUCACUUGGUGACCCCGAGCCCGACAUUGUCAAAUCCGGAUAGUCCGGCUCGAGCGCGGACACAGACCCCGACUCGACCCGAAGGUUCCAGACCUGGAUACCACGCGGCAUUGGGGACCUCCAUGCUGUGUCUCAUGCAUCCAUCACGGACUGCCGUGAAGGCGCAGAUUGCCUCUCAGUGCAUGGCACUGCUGAAUGCUGGGCGCUUGCAGAGUAAGCGGCGACCUCGCACUCGCACGGGAACCGCCAGCAUGGCGAGUCCACAGCAAGAGGAGCCCGAGCCAGAGCGGCCGGCAACACCUGAGUCCUGGAAGUAUUCCGGCGGAAGCCAGGAGGAUGCUGCAGAGGACUUGGACUCGCCGCCCCACAGAGGCCGCGACGACCUGGCCCACCCUUCUUUCAGUGAGGAGAUCUUCGACUAA